AAAGCACUUCACUCAUUAACGUUUUUUUUUUAUUUGCCGCAAUAGGCGCAGGCAGCGGAAGUAAAAGUCCUGAGGAUACGGGCAAGUCACAAAUAGUUUGCAGUUUGAAAACCGAAGUGCUUAAACGUUCUUUCCCAUCAGUUCAUUCAGUUUGAGAACCUCUAAUAGACCGGUUGUUGCAUUAUACGUCGGUCGGCGGUUAAGUGGCUAAUCCAUAUUCAAAUAGUUAAUGCUUCCGAUUAAUCAAAAUCAGCCGUGUUUAUCGUCCUAGCCGUCAACUUCGUAAUACUUACUAAAAAUAACGCGAUGACAGAUGUGGCGACAAGUGGUAAAACACCACAUAACCGUCCAUCAUCGCCGCGUCAAUUUUUCGAACGUCUUUACGGUCAUCUUGAAACCAAUGAAACUGUAUCGGAUAAUAAUGCCAGUGCCAAAAACUCGACGCAUAAUCACGACGCACGUGAAAGUGAUAAAAAUUUUGUCACUGAGUUGAGUGCAACAAUCUGUGAUACCACUUAUCAAAGCGAUGAUGGUAGUAUGUCAUCGCCGGAAAUCUCUAUUAACGAUGAGAGAUUAUCGCAUGGCUGUUCUGCGUAUGACCCCUACAGUGUUCAUGACUAUAAUAAAGCCUGUUAUGACACAAGGACGGCGAUGCCAAAUAUUCCAUUUGGAUUUCCAAGUGAACCACAUUUCACUGCCGGUUUUACGGCUUUCCUGGCUCGGCGCCGGCGAAAAGAAGGCCGUCAACGACGUCAACGCACUACUUUUAGCACAGAACAGACGUUGCGUCUAGAGGUGGAAUUUCAUCGGAACGAAUACAUUUCGAGAAAUCGUCGUUUUGAAUUAGCUGAAACAUUGCGCCUUACCGAAACGCAGAUAAAGAUUUGGUUUCAAAAUCGUCGGGCGAAGGAUAAACGCAUCGAGAAGGCACAAAUCGAUCAGCAAUAUCGAAACUUUGUCGUGGCCAAUGGUUUUAUGACCACAAUCAUGGGACACACAGCGGCGAGCUAUCCACCCCCCAUGCCAAUGAUAACGAAUCUUCACCAGAAUUUUUACCAACAGCACAGCCAUAGUAAUAGUGGCGUUUUACAACCACCAACAACAACAACAUGCACGCUGCCUGUACCGCCACCACCAACGUUGCCACAAACAACGCAACAGCAAACGGUACGAAACUCGAUCACACCGCAUACACUUACACCUUCCAGCAACAACAUAGUCGGUGCUACACCCCCAACAUUUAACGCCAACUUUAACACACAAACAACAACACAUACGGAGCUACAGCCACUGCUGGCCACAAAUCAUCAUUACGGCAAUUUGAAUGAGCGGAGUUAUUACAAGCAAGCAAACGGAAGCGCUGGUGGCGGUGGCUUAAGUUCACUCAUCGAUUCGUGUUAG